AGACGAUGGAUUGUUCAGCGAAGAAUGCAGUAUUAUUCUGCUGUUGAGGGAAGUAGAAAAGAAUCUCUUCCCUCCUCUCUGAGUCAUUCCCAUGCUCAUGUUGCUAUCCGGCGUCUGUGCAAUCAAAGAACUUCGAAUGCCCUGGAAUCAUUCUUUGUCAACUGGAAGCCUCAUAUCUCAUCAAGUUAUAGUUCUUUCUCUGUAAAAGAACGACAUUGGACUGGUUCCAGAUGCUUUGGCUCUGUUAGAAGUGAGGAACAUGGACAAACACUGCAUGUCAGCAAUCGGAACGUUGUGAAGGCUCAGGGCGUUCUUCUUGAUUAUCUUCAUUCCACAAGAGGCAUACAUUUCACUGAUGCCGAGCACAUCAGUAAAAACUGUCCCUUUUUUGUUCGUAGGAUCUUGGAAAAGGUGGAAGAUGAAGAGGAAAUGGAAAAAGAAUUAGUUAGGUACCUUCGCUACCAUCCCAUCAAUGAGUUUGAACCAUUCUUCGAGAGCAUUGGCCUGAAUCCUUCAGAGUACAAUCCAUUGCUUCCACGAGAAUUGAUGUUUCUUUCUGAUAUCGAAGAAAUGCUCAGUAACUAUCGUGAUCUAUGUGAUUAUGGUAUUGCUCGCAGUAAGAUAGGAAAGAUGUACAAGGAGGCUAAAGACAUUUUCAUGUAUGAGUCUGGUUUGUUGAAAUCAAAGCUUCUAGCUUAUGAACAACUUGGGUUGAGGAAGCAUACUUUGAUCAAACUAGUUGCUUCCACCCCAACUCUUUUGUUAGGUGACCUUGACAAGGAUUUUGUUCUGUUGCUGAAGAAUUUGGAGGAGAUUGGGUUACCAGGAGAUUGGAUUGGAGGGACUUUGUCUGAAAAAAAUACUUAUAACUGGGGUAAAAUGUUCGUGCUUUUGAAUUUGUUCAAGGACAUGGGGUUUGAUGAGAAAAAGCUUGGGACUUUAAUUAGUAAACACCCUGGUUUUUUACUUGAUGGUUCAGGAGAAGCUGUGUUUUCAUUGAUCUGUCUUCUUCUUAAGAUGGGUGUUUCAAGAAAGGAAAUUUUCAUUAUGUUUUCAGAAUUCCCUCAUCUUCAAGUUGGAAGCUUUGUAAGAAAUUUGCGACGGGCCUUUCAGUUUCUAGUUGAAAUUGAAAUGGAUUUUGAGGAUGUAAGAAAGCUUAUUCGCAAUCAUAAAGACAGUUUGGGUCUGAUAUUAUUGAAGAAACCUACAAGCAUUAUGACAAAUCUGAGUAGUGGAAAGAAAAGACUCUGUAAAAUCAUAAUUGAAGAUCCUCACCAGUUGCAGAAAUAUGCAAUGGGAUUGAAAGUUUCUCCUCUGCCAAGUAGCGACGAUGAUUUAAAAUCAAUAUUAGAGAAGAAGAAAUUCUUAUCUCGUCUCGGCUUUGUUGAGAACUCGAAGAAGAUGAAAUUGGCUCUUGAAGUAUUUCGGGGGAAGGGUGAUGAGCUGCAAGACCGGUUCGAUUUUUUCGUUAGAAGUGGAUUGAAUCCGGGCGAUGUUUUAGAAAUGUUGAAAAGGGCGCCACAUAUUCUCAACCAGAAGAUAGAAGUCCUGGAUGAGAAGCUUAGUUUUAUCAUAAAUAAUUUGGGUUAUCCCUUGAGUUCAGUGGUGAGGUUCCCACAAUGCAUUUCAUUCACAACUGAGAGGAUUAAACUUAGGCAUCUGAUGUAUGAUUGGCUGAAGGAAAGAGGAAAAGUUGCACCAGCUUUAGCUUUGGGUAGUUUAAUAGCUUGUUCGGACAAGCUGUUUGUAAAGAGAUUUGUAAGCCUUCACCCAGAUGGUCCUAAGGCCUGGGAAAGUUUCAAGAAAGCAUGAUUUUCAAAUGAAUGAAACUUGCAGGUUUGAAUCUUUUUUUUAAAUUUUGAAGCAAAA